GCCGUCGGUGUCGCGUUGUCGGUGGUGAAAAUCAAAUAAUAAAUGGUGUUGGUGGUGGUUAUAGUGCUGGGUGUUAACGAGUUCAAGUGAUACUGCACUCGGAAGAUUGAAUUACCUCGGUAAUCUCCCGAGUUCAAUUAUCCCUGAAGUUAAUACAAUAGAGAUAAGAGAUAAUUGAGGCAAUUCAAAAUGCCGCGCUGUUUGAUGGCUAAAAAAUGGAAGGCUUAUCCGUGGCCGGACAGGCAGGAUGACGAUGAGAGUAGUACGGCUGAGGCCAAGGAUACCAUCGAGAUAACGAGCACUGGUAGAGAGUUGAUUGACACCGUCCAUGAUAGGAGACGAAUGAUGGUCGAUACCGAAGAGGAGGAGAUUGACGUUGUUGGUGAUAGCACGAGUGACGGCAACAGGGCUAAUCAGCAGACAUGCUGGGGUCCACACAGCCCCACUGCCGGCACCACAGCACCUAGUCCACCACCUCUCAAUGCCUCGGGAGCAUUAUACUACCAUGGCUAUGCCCACGAGUCCUGGCUGAAUCAUGAGGAGCCCCCAAAAUACGCAACCCUGCGGUCAGCAGCAGAAUUAGCGAGACCAGUAGCUGAUUCACCACCACCUCAGCAUGAUCAUCAGCCGAACAUUGUCCACCUCACCACAACCCCGGCAUCCCAGGCAUCCCAGCACAGUAUGAACUUGCCUCGCAACAAGAGCCUAUCGAUGUGUUUCACCAGUACCGGUACAGCCCUCUCCCUUCCCCCAAAGAAGAAGGACAUCUACCGACCCUACAGCCUGCAACCCACCACUGAGAUAAUCCGAAGUUCCCCAGAGGAAGAGCUAUCAGCAGCCCAAGCAAUCCUCGACUUGAGUGCCUCACCCGCAGCACCAACGCAUUCCCUCUUCAUUCAUACCCUCUCACUGCCACCACCAGCACCAGCGGCUCAGCCAGCAGUACCAACCCCCCAACCCAUCCAACCAACACCAAUACCGGUAUCAGUUCUGGUGCCAGUACCCCACAAUACUCAAACACGUCAGGUGGCAAGCCCGGAGCCGCGAACUCUUGAGGAAACCCCAGACGACGCCAAUAUCUCCAACGGUGCUAGCAACAAAACCGUUGCUUACACCUACGAGGCCUUCUUCGUAUCCGAUGGAAGAUCAAAGAGACGCUCAAGUACAGCUGCUGCUGUACCCGAGAAGGAAGCCGCCCAACCAGAGAGGCCAAAAUUCACGUGCACCGAGUGCGGCAAGCAAUACGCAACAUCAUCAAAUCUAUCGAGACACAAGCAGACUCACAGAAGUUUAGACUCGCAAUCAGCCAAAAAGUGUAUUCACUGUGGCAAAGCAUACGUGAGUAUGCCAGCCCUGGCAAUGCACGUGCUGACCCACAAAUUGGCCCACAGUUGUGGCGUGUGUGGUAAAAUGUUUUCGCGUCCAUGGUUGCUGCAGGGCCACUUGCGCAGUCAUACGGGUGAAAAACCGUACGGCUGUGCACACUGUGGCAAAGCAUUUGCCGAUCGUUCGAAUCUUAGAGCCCACAUGCAGACACACUCGGCUGACAAGAACUACGAGUGCUCAAGGUGUCACAAAACAUUUGCCCUCAAGUCGUACCUGAAUAAACACCUUGAGUCGGCUUGUUUAAGGGACGAUGAGCUACCGCCCCAGCAGACGACCAACGGUCAACACUCGCCCCCAUUGAAUCGUGGAUUGUAGCAGCACUCCGGUGACGAUGAUUUGUCAGAGGCUGAGAGCUAACGACAGCAUCCAGUAAAUACCAGUGGAAAGCUUUUGGAGUAGAUCUUUAUUUUUCUUUUGUUCUAUCCUGAUUUAGACAUUUAGGUAGAAUUGCCGAAGGCUCUCGAUGAACGACUGGUGGCGUCAUGCAGCCCUUCUCGGGCCAGCAACAGGGGGCCCUGUGGAUUAGCAACAAGUGCACGAAUUACGUGUUACUCACCCUGAAGACCUCGCCAAUUCACUGACUCAUAAUACGAUAAAAAGCAUACCGAUGAGACCUACCAUGGGCCUGCUCUGUACAUGAGGUUUGAGAAGUAGACUAAGUAGUAAAGUGCCAGUUUGCGGAGCGUUAAGCGUCUUCGAGUCCGCGCGGAAAGACUGUGCGGUUGGAGCGUCGGUAGUCGAUCAAUUCCCCUUGGGGGCAUUAAAACAGAAUAGUUCGGGCCAAUCUUGAAUAACCGCGGGGAAAAAAAGCAUUUAUCAAACUUUCUGUUGUACUCCACCUGGGGGGAGGAUCCCAGGGUACAUCCCAUUCACUGCCCACGCUCUGACUGAUGACGAUUGUGAAAAAUAAAUGUGGCGAUUAUUUACGUCAUGUGUAGAAUUAACGAGGGAACGAAGAUUUGCAAAGUAGAUUAAGUAGAAAAGUGCCAGUAGAGAAAUGAUUAACAUUCAUAAAAACGUCCAGUAAUUGUUAAGUCAAAUAAACCAUGAAAAUGAAAAAAUAACAAAAAAAGUCAUAACGAUAUUAUUAAAAACGAUGGAGAUUGAUGUGAGGAUAAAAACGUCGAAUUGGUGACGUCCACAAUGCUGCAGUUCUAGUCACUCUAGUCGA